UCUGCAACUUUCUCACUCACAUUCACAUAUCCCCCACUUCAAAUUCAACCUCCAAAAUUCGCACUCCCCGCCACCACCUCUAUAUUCAUCUUGCCGUCGACCACCAUCAUAACUCUCUCUCCUACGUCUUCCACAACCACUCAACACCAGUCCCACUUCCACAGUUCCACAUCGAAAUCGGACCUCCCUGAAGCGUAAAUCGACUCCACUUCCAGCCUAAUUCAAGACAAUAUUAUUAGCUGGUAGUGUUAUUAGAGUUCAGUCAAAUUCUCAGGAAGCACAGAGAAAGAGAAGCAAUGAAUGCGGUAGCAAGGAGUGCGUGGAAUGUGUUGAAACGGUCCAGUCAGGGCAUGGAGUCAGUGAGUCAGUUGGGGUACCAUCGUCAUGAGCAAUUGAGAGGGAUUCGGGUGAAGGUGAUGAACGGGAACCUGGAGUGGGCCCUGACGGUUAUGCAGAGGAAGAUGACGUCGAGUGGGAUUGAGAGGAUGAUAAAGCGGGAGCAAACCCACCACCUCAAAAACUCUGAGAAACGAAUCUUGGCUCGCAAGAAUCUCGAGCAGAAGCUCCGGUCUCAAGACCUUGCUCGCAAGCUCAAGGCCGUCCUCCUCAAGAAAGUCAGAGGCCUGUGAGAACAUCGUUCGAGCUGAUUUUGGAUGGUCUUCUUUUUGUUCUGGAAUUUCAUCUUACUGCUUGGCAGCUUCCACCACCACUCUAGUUUUACAGACGAGAAUAAUUUACUCGGAUUUUUUUUUAAGACCGUCGUGUUACAUUUGAGAAAUGUUAUUCCAAAUGCAUCAGUUUUUCA